AACAACAGAGGGUGCUCUGUAGGCGCUGUUGUCGUUCGAAACAGAACGGAUAGGUGGGACCGAAGACAGAGGAAAAUAAGUGAUAGAAGCAGUGGGGAAGUAGCUAAUUCACGGCACCGGGACCACUGAAAAAUUAACUUGAAAUCGUUUUGGGAAGGCAGAACGUUUCCUUUCGUCUUUGUUACUGUCUGCGGAACAAUUGUCACUAGCAACAGACGGUUCUGUUGCAUCCGUUUCGCUGCAGGUGACCCCCACCCCUUCGCCAAAAUCCGGCUAUUAGAUGUGACCACGAGGUUGAUCAGGAGAAGCCACCAUGUCUUAAACGCAGACGGGCCCUCUGGAGCCCUGUCCCCCCACCCUGGACCCCACUCCCCCAUCCACCACCUCACCCCUUCUCCCAGCCCCAUCCCACUCCCAGACCUCCCUGCACAUGUGAGGGACAGGCUCCCCAGCCCUGGCUCCCCACUGGCACACCCCUCCCCUCCCUCCUUAGAGAUGAGCCUGCAGAAGCACCAGCACCAGUUGGGCGGCUCUGACCGGGACCUGCAGUCCACUGCUUCCUCCAUCUCUCUGCCCUCUGUGAAGAAGGCCCCCAAGAAGAGGCGCCUCUCCCUGGCCUCUCUUUUCAGACGGCGGGUUCGCGAGCCCAAAUCCGGGCGCCAAAGGUCCCGAGAGCUCCAACAACCCGGACCUGUAGGGCUCGGAGGGGUGGAUGGCAUCGCCAGUAUCGAGAACAUCCACUCUGAGAUGUGUAAUGACAAGAACUCUGCCUUCUUCUCCGUGGCUGGGGCCUCCGCUGCCUCCGCUGCUGCUGCUGCCUCCACCUCUUCUGCCUCAGGGCCUUCUUCCUCUACCUCCUCCUCCUCCAAGGCGGGGGGCGGGACGGGGGCGGAGCUACUGGAGUGCCCGCUGUGCCUUCUGCGCCACUCCAGGGAGAGCUUCCCCGACAUCAUGACCUGUCACCACCGCUCCUGUAUGGAUUGCCUGCGCCAGUACCUGCGCAUCGAGAUCUCCGAGUCGCGUGUCAACAUCAGCUGCCCCGAGUGCUCGGAGCGCUUCAACCCUCACGACAUCCGGAUGAUCCUGGGUGACCGGGCCCUCAUGGAGAAGUACGAGGAGUUCAUGCUGAGGAGGUGGCUUGUGGCUGACCCUGACUGCCGCUGGUGUCCUGCACCGGACUGUGGGUAUGCAGUGAUUGCUUUCGGGUGUGCCAGCUGUCCUAAGAUUACAUGUGGCAGGGAGGGCUGUGGUACAGAGUUCUGUUACCACUGUAAGCAGCUGUGGCAUCCCAACCAGACCUGUGAUGCAGCGCGACAGCAGCGAGCCCAGAGCCUCCGCCUGAGGACCGUUCGCUCGUCCUCCCUCAGCUACAGCCAGGAGAGCGGAGCUGCAGCUGAUGACAUUAAGCCAUGUCCGCGCUGUGCUGCCUACAUCAUCAAGAUGAACGACGGCAGCUGUAACCACAUGACCUGCGCCGUCUGCGGCUGUGAGUUCUGCUGGCUCUGCAUGAAGGAGAUCUCAGACCUGCACUACCUGAGUCCGUCAGGCUGUACUUUCUGGGGGAAGAAGCCAUGGAGCAGAAAGAAGAAGAUUCUUUGGCAACUGGGAACACUUGUGGGUGCCCCCGUCGGCAUCGCACUCAUCGCCGGCAUAGCUAUCCCCGCCAUGAUUAUUGGCAUCCCUGUAUAUGUGGGAAGGAAGAUCCAUAACCGCUAUGAAGGCAAAGAUAUCUCCAACCACAAGAGGAACCUGGUGAUCGCUGGUGGAGUCACUCUCUCGGUUAUUGUGUCUCCAGUGGUGGCUGCAGUCACUGUCGGCAUUGGCGUUCCCAUCAUGCUGGCUUACGUCUACGGCGUGGUGCCCAUCUCGCUGUGCCGUAGCGGAGGUUGUGGCGUCUCAGCUGUGAACGGCAAAGGAGUUCGCAUAGAAUUUGACGACGAGAAUGACAUGAAUGUUGGCAGUGGGGCUGCUGCCACUGACACUACAUCAGUGGCAGACACCAGGAACAACCCCAGUAUAGGCGAAGGCAGUGUUGGGGGGCUGACAGGCAGCCUGAGUGCCAGCGGCAGCCACAUGGACCGUCUGGGGGCAAUUAGGGACAACCUGAGUGAGACCGCAUCCACCACGGCCCUGGCCGGAGCCAGCAUCACCGGCAGCCUCUCUGGCAGCGCCAUGGUCAAUUACAUCAACAGGCUAGAGGUGCAGGCUGACGUGCAGAAGGAGCGCUGCAGUCUGAGCGGUGAGUCUGGCACCGUCAGCCUGGGCACAAUCAGCGACAACGCUAGCACCAAAGCAAUGGCUGGAUCCAUUCUUAACGCCUACACGCCGCUGGACAGAGAUGGGACCAGUAUGGAGGUCCAGGUUGACAUUGAAUCCAAACCGGGCAAACUGCGGCACCACAGCGGCAGCAGCAGCGUCGACGACGGCAGCCACGUUGGCCGCUGCGGCUGGACCUGCCCCCCCAACGGCUGCACUUCCUCGGAGGGCAAAGGAGCGUCGGCCAAGUGGGCCAAAGAGGCGUGCUGCUCCUCCUCCUCCGGCUCGGGGGGGGGCAAGAAGAGCAAAGGCAAGCUGCGCAAGAAAGGCGGCGGAGGCACCAAGAUCAACGAGACGCGGGAGGACAUGGACGCCCAGCUGCUGGAGCAGCGCAGCACCAACUCCUCGGAGCUGGACUCGCCGUCGCUGAGCGGCAGCCUGCCGUCCGUGGCCGACUCCCACUGCAGCCACUUCUCUGAGUUCAGCUGCUCGGAUCUGGAGAGCACGAAGACGUCGUGCAGCCACGGCUCCGGCGGCGCCGGCGACUACCACACCCGCUUCGCCACGGUCAGCCCCUUACCCGAGGUGGAGAACGACCGCCUGGAGACCUGCCCUGCCGCUUCGUCCUCGUCGCAGGGACCCUCCCCGACCUCGUCCCUGGGCCGCGGCGCAGAGCUCGGCCCGCUCGGCUUCAUCACCGAGGAGAACGUCGGCCUGGUGUGCCCUGCCGAGCUGGACUCUCACAGCAACACCAGAGAGCUGCUCAAAGAAAACAACAACAACCACCACCAACCACAACCACCAACCCAAACCCAGCAGCAGCCCAACAGCUCCUGUAUACACACGGAAAUAUGAAAUCUCUAUACCUUAAGUGCUGCACAGAUGCUGUUUUUAGUUAACAUCUUUUCCUCCACUAAGUUUAGUGCACAUAUGAAGUCACAGCUUACCUGCAAGUUCUUUUUGUUAUUCCCUUGUAAAAGGGACAUGUUAUUUUGGGAUUUCUGCCAUAUAUAUAUAUAUAUAUAUAUAUAUAUAUAUAUAUAUAUAUAUACCCUGAGGAAAACGGAUCUGUGUACCCCGCUGACUGUCAGAAUGUGUUUUGGAAGUACCAAUAGGUUUCCAAAGCGCAGCCACGUGAGAAAUGUUGUGAACGCUGGUGUUUCUCCCUGUGCGACCCGCAGACUGCGGACACCUUUUUUAUUAUUUUUAAUUUUAAUUUUUUUUUUUGGGGGACAGUUCCCUCGCUCGCCACUGAUUUGGUCGCUGUCCUAUUGAUCUGUGUAGGUUAAAAAUGAAACCACUGUGCCAGUUUGGCUUGUAUUUGGCUCUACAAUGCGGAUGCAACACCAUGCAGGAAUCUUAAUGUCACAGCUUUAGGGACCAGGCAAUAUGAGUCACUAUUUCCGCUAUUUUUUUUUUGUCACCAAAUGUAUUAGUAACAGAGGACCCUUUGUGUUCUUUCUGUAUUUAUUAUUAGAGUUUUGUUGUCUUUUCCAGUUUGAAAUUAACCCUCAAAUAAAGUAUAAUUAUAAGGCCUGGGCUCAACAUCCUACAUCAUUUUAGCACUAAAAUGAACACGUAACACAACUAAGAUUCUCUUCAGAUGGAUGGACACACACAUCCCUGUGUAGUCCCACUGUCGGGAGGUGAUAUUUGACCGCUCUUUUGCAGCUUGGUAACCACGGAGUUUAGUGUGUGUUUUUAGUGCUAAGAUGUCUUUGGAAAGCCAGGCCGCGUAAAGUUCUGUGGAUAGCUUGAUAUGUUGGGGGUGGGUGGGUGAGGGUUUGAUUUGAGAAAGGUCUCUGGAAGGCCAUGGUUUUCAAGAUAAUGCUGAAAGUCAUUAUAAUAACCUUAACCAACGGGUUGGUCAAUUCUGUGAAAUUGUAUAAAGAAAAUGUUUUGUCCUGUUCAAAGGUGAUUUAUUCAGGCUGAUGGUCUCGCCUCGCUGAGAAGAGAGAGCUUUGAUAUCUUUCUUUGUUAACUCAUGGUGCCUUCAAGAAGCGGUUUGUGUUCUCCGUUUGUCUCUCUCUCUCUCUCUCUCUCUCUCUCUCUCUCUCCGCUGUGUCUUCAAGACUCCAAACGACGACUCAUUAUAGGUUGCAGAAUGUCUGUCUGUGUAGGAGGGAUGCUCAUUCACACACAGGACAUACUGUGGUAGAAUUGGUAAAUGAAGACUUUUCAAUUGCCUACCAAAGACAGCACUCAGGCUCUUGUUAAAUCUUAUACCUUUUUGACUUGUCACCUGUAGACACAGUAUAGUGAAUCCUUUUUACACCGUAGGGAUGAAUGAAGACAAGACCCAGGAUUAUACAGGCAUUCAGACUGCUGUUUUGUACAUGCUUCACAAAUGCUACGCAAAUAACUGAGGCCGCGGAAUGGCCCGAGGCACCUGCACUGUUAUCUGUGUUUCUUAAUACAUUGAUGUUCUGCAAUGCACAAAAGUUAGUAGGGAUACACAGGUUGGUUCUGGGUUACCUUCCCUAUUGAUUUAUCCUGUGAUCCCGGUUUGUUUUGCCAAUCGGUGCUUCUGAGCAGACUUAAAGCUAACUUCAGUUUUCAACUCUUUAUUUCAGAGUGUUUGCUUAAGCCUGUCUUUAGCGCUCGGUGGUCGGCUUUGAGGCCGCCGAGACGGCUCAGGUGAACCUCUACCAGGUAGAUAAAAGCAUCUUGAAUGGUAUUUUGACCCAGGUCUGUUACUGAAUGAACACUGAGUUUGGUUUGGUGGAUAAGAUUACAUGCUGCAGUCCUCCUCGCAUUAAAGCAAAAUGUUUUUGUUCUUCCUCCCCGGUUCGGUUUCUCAUUCUUCACCAAAACUCCAGUUUCUUGAUCCUAAUUUGAACACUAGUGCCAGAUAUAAUUUGUAAUUUGUGCAGAACGGCAUAAGGUAUUUGUAUAUUUGUUUGGUAAUUUGCUUUACUAUAUGCGUGUAAAUGCAUAUCAGAAAAAUAAAAAAAAUAUAAAUGAAA